AUGGUAGCCCGUUACACUGUGCGAUCGUUCGGAAUCCGCAGGAACGAGAAAAUUGCCGUUCACUGCACCGUCAGGGGACCGAAAGCUGAAGAAAUCCUAGAAAAGGGCGACACUGGUAACUUCGGAUUCGGUAUUCAAGAACACAUCGACCUAGGCAUUAAAUACGACCCAGCUAUCGGCAUUUACGGCAUGGACUUUUAUGUCGUUCUUGGGCGCCCAGGUUUCAACAUUAGCGAAAGAAGGAGAUGCAAAAGCAGAAUUGGUGCUUCGCACAGGAUUUCUAAGGAAGAGGCCAUGAAGUGGUUCCAGACAAAAUAUGACGGAGUGAUUCUGCCGAGCAAGAAGAAAUGA